GUGCAAUUUCAACAGUAAUAACAAUAACGACAACAACAUCGACAACAACAACAACAACAACAACAGCAACAACAAUAACAACGACAACAACAACAACAACAACAACGACAACAACAACAACAACAAUAACAACAUCGACAACAACAACAACAACUGUGACAACAACAACAACUGUAACAACAACAACAACGACAACAUCGACAACAGCAAUAACU